AUGUAAUUCGUUGUAGGCAAUUUCUUUCCGAAUUUUACACAAUUUAGUGAAUUUCUCCAUUCAAAACGAAUCGGAACCAGCAAAGCCCGCUGAGCCAAUCGACCGUACAAUAUAAACACGACCGCACCUGGUCGCCCAUAAUAUUUACCUUUUUUCUACGACGACAGCAACGUCAAACAGAGGCAUAACAAAAAAAAAAGUUUUUCACAAAAAGGUGUUCCACUUCUCGAAAGUGUUGUUUAGUUUUGAUUAGUACAACUUGGGGUAGGGCUGGUCCCCAGAAAGGGACACCACGUAUCGGUUGGUAGGGGAUUGCAAUGAAACGGUCAAUUAAUUAAGCGAGAACACUCGCAGAAGUGUACGAACAGAAAAAUCGGCCAUAGUAGGCAGUGCGCUUGAUUACAUACCAGCGAGAAGUUCCAGCCAAGUUGGACACGCUCUGAUUGCCAUCUCAAGGCGUAAGAGGCUAUUGGCAUCUGUAAGCGGACUCCAACAUCAAGCCAUCGAAAGGGCUUUUCCUUUUGUGCGGUGUACGAGGCACUGCAAAGCGCGUUACUAAUUUUACUUUCGACCGCGGUCAGUCAAGGUUUGCGCACGAUGAAUUCCACACCGGACCGCACGUAUGUAUCGGAUUACUUUGCCAAUCUGAACGAAAUCUCCAAAAAGAUUGCGCUCGACAUCGACGAGAUACGCGGCGCGUACGAACACAUCUGGGACGAUCUGAGCCGCGAGGAACAGAUGGAAAUCGUGAACGAAACGAUCAUCAAACCGGAGUUGGCGUUGAAGUACUUUGACAAUUUCUCCACAUCGACCGAUUCGCUGCAGCGAAUCCUUGGUACCGAUGAGGACGACACCACCGGCGAGGAAGAUCGAAAUGCCAACCUGUACGAUGGCAAACGUUUGCAGACUUACCAGUACGUGCGAACCGGGCGCAAACUAGUGACGGACGACAGUGUGGGCCUUUACCGGGACGAACAUUCGGCUCCGUUUUCGCACAAAACCAAAAGCCAAAUAAACUUAACCAUCUUCCCACCGGAAAAGAAUGGCAAGGAUACGGACAAAGCGGAUGCCAGUGCAAAGGCAGCGGGACUGCUGGCGAAAAAGUUGCUGCUCAAAUCACCAAAAUCGGACGAUACGAGCGGAUUGGCGAAAGGGAAGGGUGUGCUGACGAAGGGAAUGUCUAAGGGACACGAAGAACCAUCGAAAGAGCUGCCCGCGUACGAUAGCGAACAGAACAUCAUUCUGACAGAGGAAGCGUACGGCACAAAGGCAACCGGAGCGGGCUUUUUGAGUAAGUUUAACAAUCUCAUCUUUAACCAGGCACCGAUAGAAAUGACGACGGCAGCAUCGGCUGCUUCGAUCAACGGUAGCGACGAGAUCGAUGGUACGCUCGAGCAGGACGAGUUCGAUACGGAUAACGAUAAGGUGAAUCUGUUCACCAAGAGCUCGAAAAACGAGUGCCUUCACCGUGCGCAAUCGUCCUCGGUCGAGGAGGAUGAUAAGAACUACGACGAGCUGAACAGCUUGCUCGGCAAUAGCAAAGGGUUCGAUUUUCUGAACAAUUGGUAAAUCGGUUUGCGGUCUUGCCCUUAGCCAUUAUCACUCCCUACACCAGCCCUCUAGUCGCGUUAGUUUGCUGUCGAUUUAUGACUCCGCGCUUGCUGUAAGUAGUUACGCUAACGGACAGGGUUUCAACGUUUGGUUAGGCAAUUCGCAGGCGCGGCAGAAACAAUGAUCGUAGAAAAUUUGUUUAAACAAAAAACACAGCAAAGCAGUUUUUUGCAACUUUCUUUUUCACUUCCAAUCGCACCAAAGCUGGCGAUUAUAGCCUUUUCUAAAUUAGCCUAGAAAACAUUAAAGAAGCAUAAUUAUUUAUCCUCUUACUAGCCCUAAACCCCCACUAUGAAAUACUCAUACGAGAACAAAAUGAACAAUAUCAAGUAAUUCCAAACAGACUGAUUACAUUGCGCUCCACAUAUAGAACGUUCGGUAAACACAAAAAAAAACAAUCACACAGUAGUAGAACCUGAAUUACUCCUGCGAGUGUGUGGAUCAUAUAACUGAAACCAAAAAACAAAA